CGUGCUUGUUUGCUCUAGGGUUUUUGCCACGCCGCCGCCGCUCUGCCCCUUCCACCCCACCGAUAUACCAAGAUGACGGCGCAGGCUGCGGAGGAGCUCGCCGCCCAGAUCGAGCAGCAGAAGCUCGAGGAGCAGAAGACCGAGGCAGAAGAGGUUGUGGUGGAGGAGGAUGACGAGGAUGAUGAGGAUGACGAUGAUGAUGACAAGGAUGAUGAUGAACUGGAUGGACAAGAAGGGGAUGGGAGUGGCAAGUCGAAGCAAAGCAGGAGUGAGAAGAAGAGCCGCAAGGCCAUGCUGAAGCUUGGCAUGAAGCCCAUCACUGGUGUCAGCCGGGUCACUGUGAAGAAAAGCAAGAAUAUGCUUUUUGUCAUCUCGAAGCCAGAUGUGUUCAAGAGCCCAAACUCGGACACCUAUGUCAUAUUCGGCGAGGCGAAGAUCGAGGACCUCAGCUCCCAGCUGCAGACCCAAGCUGCAGAGCAGUUCAAGGCUCCUGACCUGAGCCAAAUGAUCCCGAAGCCUGAGACAUCUGGCCUGGGCCUGGAGGACAACGAGGAGGAGGAGGUUGACGAAACUGGUGUCGAGGCCAAGGAUGUCGAGCUGGUGAUGACUCAGGCAUCUGUUUCGAGGCCCAGGGCGGUCAAGGCCCUCAAAGCUUCUAAUGGAGACAUCGUCACCGCCAUUAUGGAGCUGACUACUUAGUGUUAUUUUUGUCAACCACCCCUUUCUUUUAAGCAUGUAUCGUAUGCCAUGCAGCUUGAGCGGAUAUCUGUGGACAACAUGCUUGCUUAGAUAAUUUUAUCAUGCUUGCUUUUUCUGUCAAGGCUAUUUGAACAUUGUUUCGUUUUUGCUGGCUUGCUGCAUAGCAACAGUUUAUGUCCUAUGUUUGUCCGGACAUUU